UGUGGCGGCGCCGGAGAAGCGGCCGCGGUGGCGGGACGCGGAGCCCCAUGGUGUGGGGCCGCGGCCGGACCGCAGGAAGAACGGGAGGCCCGGACCGCCUGGGAGCAUGGGGUCCCUGUUCCGGAGCGAGAGCAUGUGCCUGGCGCAGCUCUUCCUGCAGUCGGGCUCGGCCUACGAGUGCCUCAGCGCGCUGGGCGAGGCGGGCCUGGUCCAGUUCCGAGACCUUAACCAGAAUGUCAGUUCUUUUCAAAGAAAAUUUGUUGGUGAAGUAAAGCGGUGUGAAGAACUAGAACGAAUAUUGGUGUACCUGGUGCAGGAGAUCACCAGAGCCGACAUCCCUCUGCCCGAAGGAGAGGCUAGUCCUCCCGCGCCACCCCUUAAACAGGUCCUAGAAAUGCAGGAGCAGUUGCAGAAGCUUGAGGUGGAGCUGAGAGAAGUCACCAAGAACAAGGAGAAGUUGAGGAAAAACCUUCUGGAACUGAUUGAGUACACGCAUAUGCUGAGGGUGACCAGGACCUUUGUGAGGCGGAACGUUGAGUUUGAGCCCACUUAUGAAGAAUUUCCUUCCUUAGAGAAUGAUUCUUUGUUGGACUACAGCUGCAUGCACAGGCUAGGAGCCAAACUGGGAUUUAUAUCAGGCCUAAUUCACCAAGGAAAAGUCGAAGCCUUUGAAAAAAUGCUGUGGAGGGUCUGCAAAGGCUACACCAUCGUGACCUACGCCGAGCUGGAUGAGGCCCUGGAGGACCCUGAGACCGGGGAAGUCAUAAAGUGGUACGUGUUUCUGAUAUCUUUCUGGGGAGAGCAGAUUGGCCACAAGGUCAAGAAGAUCUGUGACUGCUACCACUGCCACCUCUACCCCUACCCAAACACGGCCGAGGAGCGCAAGGAGAUCCAGGAGGGGCUGAGCACUCGGAUCCAGGAUCUGUACACGGUGCUUCACAAGACAGAGGAUUAUUUAAGGCAAGUGCUGUGCAAAGCUGCUGAGUCAGUGUACAGCCGUGUCGUGCAGGUGAAGAAGAUGAAGGCUAUUUACCACAUGCUGAACAUGUGCAGCUUCGAUGUCACCAACAAGUGUCUCAUCGCUGAGGUCUGGUGCCCCGAGGCGGACCUGCCAGGCCUGCGCCGCGCGCUGGAGCAAGGCUCGAGAGAGAGUGGGGCUGCGAUCCCUUCAUUCAUGAACACUAUCCCCACCAAGGAGACGCCGCCCACGCUCAUCCGCACCAACAGGUUCACCGAGGGCUUUCAGAGCAUCGUGGACGCCUACGGCGUCGGCAGCUACAGAGAGGUGAAUCCAGCCCUCUUCACCAUCAUCACGUUCCCGUUCCUGUUUGCGGUGAUGUUUGGGGACCUGGGGCACGGCUUCGUCAUGUUCUUGUUUGCCCUCCUGCUGGUGCUGUAUGAGAACCACCCCCGCCUGAAGCAGUCCCAGGAGAUCAUGAGGAUGUUCUUCCACGGCCGCUACAUCCUGUUGCUCAUGGGCUUGUUCUCCGUGUACACUGGCCUCGUGUACAACGACUGCUUCUCCAAGUCCAUGAACAUCUUUGGCUCUGGGUGGAAUGUGUCUGCCAUGUACAGCUCCAGCCACGAGGCGAAGGAGCAGGAGAGCAUGGUGCUGUGGAAUGACACCGUGGUCCGCAGCAACAGGGUUUUGCAGUUGAAUCCAAGUGUCCCUGGAGUGUUCCGAGGUCCUUACCCUUUCGGCAUCGACCCUAUUUGGAACUUGGCCACGAACCGCCUCACUUUCCUAAAUUCUUUCAAAAUGAAAAUGUCUGUGAUUUUAGGAAUUACUCACAUGACUUUCGGUGUCAUUCUGGGAAUAUUUAACCACUUGCACUUCAGGAAAAAGUUCAACAUUUACCUGGUCACCAUCCCAGAGCUGCUGUUCAUGCUGUGCAUCUUUGGCUACCUGAUCUUCAUGAUUGUCUACAAGUGGCUGAUCUACUCGGCAGCCAAUUCCCGGGAUGCGCCCAGCAUUCUCAUCGAGUUCAUCAACAUGUUCCUGUUCCCCACUGCUGACACACGUGGCCUCUACACAGGGCAGAAGCACGUCCAGAAGCUGCUGCUGAUCGUCACGGCACUGUCAGUGCCCGUCCUCCUCCUGGGAAAGCCACUCUUUCUGUUGUGGCUGCACAAUGGGCGUGGUUGCUUUGGCAUGAACCGGAGUGGCUACACACUUGUGAGGAAGGACAGUGAGGAAGAGGUGUCUCUACUCGGGAGCCACGAUAUCGAACAGGGAAACAGCCAAGGGGAAGAUGGCUGCAGAGAGAUGACGUGUGAAGAGUUCAACUUUGGAGAGAUCCUGAUGACGCAGGUGAUCCAUUCCAUUGAGUACUGCCUUGGCUGCAUCUCCAACACCGCGUCCUACCUGAGGCUCUGGGCGCUCAGUCUGGCGCAUGCACAGCUGUCCGAUGUGCUGUGGGCCAUGCUGCUGCGCGUGGGCCUGCGCGUGGACACGACCAUGGGGGUCCUGCUGCUGCUGCCCGUCAUGGCACUCUUUGCUGUCCUCACCAUCUUUAUCCUUCUGGUCAUGGAAGGGCUCUCAGCGUUCCUCCAUGCCAUCCGCCUCCACUGGGUAGAAUUUCAAAACAAAUUCUACACUGGUGCGGGCACCAAGUUCAUUCCUUUCUCAUUCAGUCUGCUCUCAUCCAAAUUCAACGGCGACGACACCGUGGCAUGACCAUCCCGCCAGCCCGACAGACUCUCAGAUCCAAAGAGAAUUAUCAUGUUAGAGAUUCGCUCGCCAGAUUUAGGCUGGAAAAGCUCUGUCUUCAUUGAUUGCCUUACAAUACAGCAGAUGAUUCUGUAAGCUGCACCUCUCCCUCAAGUUAAUUAUCUUGUAAUGUUGGCCAAUUUGGACCUAUAAAGUUCUUUUGGUUUUUUAUUACAAACAGAAAUAAGUUAA